AUGUCGUACGCUCCCGGAAAUAUAGUUUAUGCCAAACUCAAGGGAUAUCCUUGGUGGCCGGCACGAGCUGAGAUAUUAUUACAAAAAAUGCAAAAUAAGAGACGGGAUGAUUUGCUAAAAAAAUCUAUUCGAGAAGCUUUAAACCCAUCAUCUUUUGAUGAUCCAAUGGAGGAAGAUGUCGAAGAAGCAGCAACAGAUGAUGACGAGGUUGAAUUGGAAGAUGAGAGUAAGAAAUCUACCGAGUCUUUAGAAAAUGAUGAUGGUGAAUAUGAUAAAAAAUCAAAAGUUCGUAGCAAAGGAACCAAAAAAGAUAAAGGACAUACAGUUUCAAAGACUGCAGAGCGCCAAACAAAAGCUUCAAGGAGCACAAAACCAAAGAGAAAGGCCCGCGAUUAUUCUUCAGAAGAAGAAGUAGGAAGCCGCAGUGGAAAAGGCGUAAAGAAACAUAGAGCAACUGAAGAUAAACUUUCAAAGCGCAAAAGAAGUUCUGUAUCCUUAUCAUAUACUGAUGAUGAGGCAGAACAAAUGGAUGUAGAUGAACCUAGGGCUGAAGUGGAUACCAAAAAGAAGGAACGUCGUCAGAAUUCAAAGAAAGAUAGGGGCACAUCUAGAAGCGAAGGAUCAAAAUCUCCAGGCAAGUUUGAUGAUGGAUCACCAAUUACAGGUGUUGUUGAGAAUAAGCAAAUAAACGAUGAUGCAG